GGGUUUUAGAAAGAGAUCAGAGUUCCCCGUCCUUUAGAACUAACAGUUCUAACCUGGAGCUGCAGACUCAGAUAUGGGACGACACCCCUGGGCAAGAUCCUGCUACACUGUGUUCUGUCUGGCAUUCCUAACCCACUGUGUUGCUGCUGUGGAGAGACACUACUAUAUUGCUGCUGUUAAUAUUGACUGGGAUUACACAAGUCCUGGACAACCAAGGACUGGUCCCACCUAUAAGAAGGUGGUGUACAGGGAGUAUGAUGCAGAAUUUAAACAAGCCAAGACCCAUCCGUCAUGGUUAGGACUGCUCGGCCCCACGCUACGAGGGCAAGAAGGUGAUGUUAUUGUCGUCACGUUCAGGAACAUGGCGGAUCACCGUUGCAGCAUCCACCCACAUGGCAUUGCUUAUGGGAAACAGUCAGAGGGAUCUUUUUACAAUGACAACACAUUCGGGUUUGAGAAAGAAGAUGAUAUCGUUGUUCCUGGAGGGGAGCACACCUACUAUUGGGAAGUGACCUCUGAAGUGAGCCCUAAACCAGGAGACCCCUCGUGUCUCACCUACACAUACCUUUCCCAUCAUGACAUCGUCAGUGACUACAACACAGGGCUGAUUGGCACAAUGCUGAUAUGUAAAAAUGGCAGCCUGAGUGAUGAUGGAGAACAGGUCCGCUUCCAUCAGGAAAUGGUGCUCUUGUUUGGAGUGUUUGAUGAGGAUAAGAGCUGGUACAGAGGUGGCACUCCAUCUCGACAAAAUCUGAAGUACACCAUCAAUGGCUUUACCAACGGCUCAGUUCCUGACUUGAGCGUGUGUGCCCAUAGCACCGUGAGCUGGCACUUUCUGGCCAUGAGUUCUCAGCCAGAGCUCUUUUCAGUUCACUUUAAUGGGCAGGUUCUUCUGCAGAAUGGGCAUAGCACCUCAGUGGUGGGCCUUAUCAGUGGAACUGCCACCAGUGCUAGCAUGACGGCAGUCCAUCCAGGUCGCUGGCUGCUAUCUUCCUACAUCAGCAAACACUUUGAGGCUGGGAUGUACGGUUUCCUAAUGAUUAACACGUGUAAGGAGUUCAGUGCACCCAAAAGGCGCCUCACCAUCCAACAAAAAAGAGAGAGUCGGGAAUGGACCUUUUACAUUGCUGCCGAGGAGGUCAUCUGGGAUUACGCUCCAAAUAUAGCAGAUAACAUAGACAAAGAUUUCAGAUCCAUGUACCUGAAACAAGGUCCAGACCGGAUAGGUAAGAAAUAUAAAAAGGCAGUGUACACCCAGUACACAGAUGAGACUUUUACAGAGAGAGCAGAAAAAAAACAGAGAAAGAAGGAAUUGGGCAUUCUUGGUCCAGUUAUCAGAGCUCAGAUAAGAGACAGAAUUAAGAUUGUUUUCAAAAACAAAGCAACACGCCCCUACAGUAUCUAUCCUCAUGGACUAACCAUAGACAAAGCCGCAGAAGGAGCCAGGUACCCUGAUGGAGGAAAUCAGACCCACGCGGUUCAACCAGGAGAAACCUAUGAAUAUAUUUGGAAUGUGAUUGAUGAGGAUGAGCCAACAGACAGCGACUCGAGAUGUGUGACGAGGAUGUACCACAGUGCAGUGGACACACAUCGUGACAUUGCCUCAGGCCUGAUUGGCCCAUUGCUUAUCUGCAAGAGUCAGUCAUUGAAUAAAAGGAAUGUCCAGCUGAAGUCAGACAAAGAGCAGCAUGCUAUGUUUGCCAUUUUUGAUGAAAACAAGAGCUGGUAUCUGGAUGAAAACAUCAACUCAUAUUGCAGUGAUCCAGCAAGAGUACAAAAAGAUGACCCAGAGUUUUACAAAGCCAAUGUUAUGCACACAAUCAAUGGAUAUGUAUAUGAAAGUGGAGAACUCCUAGGAUUCUGCAAUGGUGAGAUUGUGACCUGGCAUGUGUCUAAUGUUGGAGAACAGGACCGCAUCCAGACAGCCACGUUUUAUGGUCAUAUAUUUGAGCUGAACAAUAGAUAUGAAGAUUUCCUUAGUCUCUUUCCAAUGACAGGAGAGACCAUAACCAUGCCCAUGGAUAACAAGGGAAUUUGGCUCUUGGCGUCACUGAACUCACAUGAGACAACCAAAGGAAUGAGGAUGAGGUUUAGGGAUGUUGAUUGCUAUCGAGAUUACUUCACAGAGGAGGAAUACAGUGACACAGAUUAUGUUCAGGAAAGCUUUUCUGUCUGGACACCACAGCAAGGAAAUGUAGAAGAGAAGAAAGCUGUUGAGCCUCCACAGGUCAAAAAUGCCAAUGGGUUUGAUGCAUUGACAGAUUACUAUGCAGAUCUGUUGAACCUGAGGAGUUUCAAAAAGAAAGAAGGAGAUACUGGGAGUGAUAUGGAGUUGCUGGACCUGUCAAUGCUUGAUUUCGAUGAUUAUGAUGCUUCACCAGUUAACAAGACUGAUCAGAACAGCAGCUUUAUUCUCUCUGAUGAAUUGAUAUCAAAUGAAACACAGCUAGAACAAACUAACUCUUCUCAGACUCUGAGUGACAUCUUAAUGGCUGAAAUGUUCACUGCUGAUGGUAAUUUUACAACUGUCCCACAAAAUGAAAGCGCUGUAAGGACAUUGCUCAACAACACAAUGAAACUAGCUCCUGUAACACGCAAUAACUCUCUGAUGAAUGACACCGAAAAUGUCUCUGCUCUCACCAAUGCUUCAUUUGAACAGUUAGUAAUCAAGAACAACUUCACUUCAGGGACUGACCAUGAGACAGUACAAAUGAUGACAUCCUCCCCAUCAAAUGAAACCUCUAAAGGUUAUGGAGACAGGAGUACAGACAUUGGCACUGCUUAUGUUGGAGAUUUUGAAGAUAUACCAAACAAUACCUUCCCCUAUAGCGUGUCCCAUCAUGUGCCUCCCUUUAACGAUUCCAACCUGAAUACAGAGCUCCAUGAAAGUGAAAUAUUUGUGCUGCUAGAGGAUGGUAACCCAGCAGAGACCGGCAGCGAUGACAGACAGUUGACAGGGUACAUUAUUGGUCCCACUACAUCUGUCCCCAGUGACAACAGAUCAUCAGUGAUUGGGAACAUAACUGGGGACAGUUCAACUGAAGAGGUUGAAGUGGAUCAUUUUGAUGAAUUGUUUAAAAAUAUCGACACUGAAAGUACCAACAACACACUCAGUGAAUUAUGGGAAAUGAGUAACUGCACUCAGCAUGGAAAGAAAAACACAAACUUUACCUCAGACUUCAUCUCCAACUCAAGCUUAUCCCUUGGAAAUGAGGGCUUAAAAAACGCAUCAUUUAAUGAAACAUCCAUCGAAUCAUCAUCAUCAUCUUCAGCAGAUUCAUCUGAUGAAAUUAUCAGUUCACCAUAUUUAGAGCGCUGUAAUUCCUCUGAGGAGCUUAGCUCAGAAAGGACAAUGGACAAUGCAUCAGCAUUUUUAUCUACAGUGAACUUUUCAAAUGCCUCAUUGGGUAAUGAGACUGAUUUAGCUUUCAACGAAAGUAAAAAGCUCCUCAGUAACAGUGUGGAGCUGGAAGACAGUUCUGAAGAAGACGUUUCACUUCAUUCAGAAAGUCAUGAGGAGGUGGCCAUAUAUUUAAAGGACAACAAGACUGGUGUUAUUCUUACCACCCCCAUUAAACUACAGGGAGAGCACUGGAGAUAUGAGGGAAAACAUGAGCUAGUCCCCAUGGAGAUCCCAGAUCACAUUACCAAGUACACCGAAGACAAUUCAGUUACGAAUCCCAGCGAUGAAAAAAAGGUAGAGGAGAAGAAAAAGAAGAUAGUGUACAAAAGGGUGAGACCACACAAAGGGCAUGCUUUGAAGACAAAAAAAAGGAAAGAGUAUAAAGCUCAGCCAAGGAGUGCCAUAUCUCCUCGUAGUUUCAAGCCACCGACAUUUGGCCCCAGAGGAACAAGGCCAGUCUCUAGCGAGGAAGAUCUGAUGAGUAAACCCAUAGUCAUAGGACUGCCCAGGAGUGAUUUCAAUGACUAUGAACUGUAUGUCCAAAGUGAAGGUGAUGACAUCGAUCAUGUAGGUGGCGAAAAUGAAGCUGGAGAGGAGUAUGAGUACGUGGAGUAUAAGGACCCCUACAGCACACAAAGUGAUAUGCAAGACAUUGAGAUCGAUGAAGCAGUCAAAUACACCUUUAAAAAGGCUGGCAGUAAUGUGAGGACCUAUUUCAUCAGUGCAGAAGAAGUAGAAUGGGAUUAUUUAGGAUAUGGACGAAGGAGGAUGGAGAAAUGCUCAACAAAAGUGGGGCUGACUAAAUUCACUAAAGUAGUGUUUCGGGGAUAUCUGGACAGUUCUUUUAGAAUUCCAGACAUACGAGGGGAGGUGGACGAGCAUCUGGGAAUCCUUGGUCCAGUUAUUAAAGCCGAAGUUGGAGAGACCAUAAUGAUUUUAUUCAGGAACCUUGCGCGCCGGCCAUACUCCCUCCAUGCAAAAGGUGUGACUUACCCAAAGCAAAUGGAGGGUUUGAAUUAUAAUGACGAAUCUCCAUAUUGGUACAAACUGGACGAUAAAGUUCAGCCUAACAGUUCAAAUACAUACAUUUGGACAGUAACUCAGAAAGCUGGGCCACAAGAUGAUGAGUCAGACUGCAGAACAUGGGCAUACUACUCUGGAGUGAACCCUGAAAAAGAUAUCAAUUCUGGAUUGAUUGGACCUCUGCUGGUCUGCAGGAAAGGGACUCUGAGUAAAAAGGCUAUGGACUCGAGCAGGUUCAUGCUGCUCUUCAUGACCUUUGAUGAGAACAUGAGCUGGUACUAUGAAGAAAACAGAAAGAAAUUUGAGAGGACAAAUAAACUUGCAGUCACGCGUCCUGAUUUCAAUGAGAACAUCAGAUUCCAUGCUAUCAAUGGAAUCAUCUGCAAUCUAAAAGGCCUGAGAAUGUACACCAAUCAGUUGGUCAAGUGGCAUCUUAUCAAUCUGGGAUCUUCAAGAGAUUUUCACAGCAUUCACUUUCAUGGCCAGACCUUCCUAAAUAAGCAAAAAGGAGACCAUCGUCAAGGCGUCUACCCGCUUCUACCAGGUGGUUUUGCAACACUGGAAAUGUUGCCUUCAAAACCAGGCCUCUGGUUGCUGGAGUCUGAGAUUGGACUUUGCCAGGAGAAUGGGAUGCAGACGUUAUUUCUAGUGAUAGACAAUGAAUGUAGCCACCCACUAGGACUCAUCUCUGGAAGCAUACUGGACACUCAGAUCACAGCAUCUGACUACAGAGGUUACUGGCUACCACAUUUGGCAAGAUUGCACAACUCAGGCAAAUACAAUGCUUGGAGUACAAUGAAUCAAGAGGAAUGGAUCAAGGUGGAUUUUCAGAGGCCUGUGGUGAUUAGUAAGGUAGCCACACAAGGUGCUAAACAGCUCUUCACAUCUCACUAUGUGGUCAAUUUUACCAUAUCCUACAGUAAUGAUGGCAAAAGGUGGAUAUACUACAAAGGAGAUAGUGAUACUAUCAGAAAGGCAAGUAGCUAUGGUUAUCAGUAUUAUAAUAAUAGUAGGUGUGCAAUGGAGAUAUUAAUUUGUUUCUUAAUCCAAAAGACUUUUGAGGGUAACAGAGAUGCCCAUGAGGUGAAGGAGAAUACAUUCUUCCCCCCUAUAAUUGGUCGAUAUGUGCGGCUUCACCCUUCACAAUCCCACAACUACCCAACUGUUCGCAUGGAGUUCUAUGGUUGUGAGCUGGAUGGUUGCUCGGUGCCACUGGGAAUGGGGAAUGGGCUUAUAAAGGACCAUCAGAUUACUGCCAGCUCCGUCGCCUACAGCUGGUACUCGGGCAGCUGGCAUUCCUGGUUAGCCCGUCUGGAUAAACAAGGGGCCAUCAAUGCUUGGCAAGCCAAGGAUCGAGAUAUGCAACAGUGGCUACAGGUUGAACUGAACGUUGCGAAGAAAAUCACAGGCAUUAUUACUCAAGGAGCCAAGUCUUUGGGCACAGAGAUGUUUGUGACUGAAUACAUUCUGGAAUACAGCGAUGAUGGUAGAAAGUGGACAAAGUAUUCUGAUGAUCCAGAUAAGGAACUAAAGAUAUUCCAAGGGAAUUCAGAUAACAAUGGACAUAAGAGAAAUUAUAUUUAUCCUCCCAUAUUCUCCAGAUUCAUAAGGAUUAUCCCGAAAAGAUGGCAAAAUUCAAUCACAAUGAGAGUUGAGCUGCUUGGAUGUGAUUCAUGACUCUUUGACUAGUUUUUACCUCAUACCUGUGGAGACACAAGACAGGAGUCACAAUACACAUACUGUACAAAUAUAUACAAAACAUGAGACAAGUUUUCACAUUAUUGAGCUUUGUUUUUCAAUUAUGCCAGUUUAAUGAUAUAUUAUGUGUGUCUGUAUGUAAGUAAUUGAGAAAUAAUAUAUAUAACUGUGUCAAUAAAAAGAAUAUCUGUAUAGAUAUAUAUAUAUAUAUAUAUAUAUUUUUUUUUUUUUUUUUUUGCUCUGAUGCCUAGCUGCAAAGAUUGCAAUAGCCCUAACCAAGAAACAGAGCUACAGAGCGACUGCGCCAUCAAGUGGCUUUGCUAUGAACAUCUUACACAUAAGGUCCUCCCCUUCAAAUAUUUUAUUGGCUUAAAUAAACAUGUGAUACAGGUAUACAGUAAUGCGGGAAGCUUUGGUCUACUACGGUCCAUUGAGUUGAAAACACUUAAUUGUGCAUAAAUAAAGAUUUUUUU